AUGAAGCGCAAGGCUGAAAAGGCGCAGGCUGCAGCCCCGGUCAGCGCUUUCGCGGCCCGCAAAGCACGGCAGCAGCAGGCGCAGGCCACCGCAGCUGCUGUCAAGCCCCCUGUCGCUGAGCCAGUGGUAGAACCGCCACCUAAGAGAGCGCGCCGCUCGCUAGAAGAGCCUGUCGUCCCAGUUGCACCCGAAGAGAACCGAGUCCAAACGAGGCGAUCAUCGAGACGAAAGGAAGAACAAGCCAAGGUUGAGAAGCCCACGCCGAAGGCGCGCAACGAUCAGCCUCCUAAGGCCUCCAAGAAACUACCCGAGCAUGACACAUCCAAGGCUACCGAGGAUCAAGCACCUUCAGACGAGGAGUCGGAGGAGCCAGACGUUGUUGUAGGGAAUACCGGUGUUAUCGGGCUCGAACCCAUUCAGAAUGAAGAGGAGGGGUACGAAUCGCCUGCAGACACUGCGGUCCAGGUUCAAGACUUCCCACUCUCCAAAGCGCGCUUGAACAAGAACAGCAUAGUCUACAGUGAUGAGCAUAGAAUGUGUGUCCGCAUAAAGGAGAAGAUGAGUUUGGUAAUGAUUGGCCACUACGAUCUAUGGGUCAAGCGAGGUGUGGUCAGCUUGAUGGGAGCGAAACUGCACCCCUCAUCCCAGGUGUAUCGGGUCUAUGCUCCUUCGACGCACUCGUUGCCUGUUAUCAAAUGCGUCUCCGGGGUCAAUGGUGAGGCAGAGGUGGAAUUCAAGUCAUGCCACAGCGGGAUCUAUCGUCUCAAGGAACUCUCGCCCCUCUAUCAGCGGAUAUGGAACGGCAAGAAUACUACAGCGGACAAGCUCACGCUCAAGGGCACUCCUCAGUCCACCAAGAGGACGUUCUCAGUGCUGUAUACUUCUGCGGACGAUUCUUUCAAACGCCACCUGAGGCCACUUCAUCUCGAGAAGCAAUGGAGCUCCGCUAUCAAGUCCCUGUCUCAGCGUGGUGGACGGCUGAAGACUCUCAUCUGCGGACCGAAGGGAUCAGGAAAGUCUACAUUUAGUCGCUAUCUGUUGAAUCACCUUCUCAGCCCGGCGCCGCAGACAGAGACCAAGUACUUUAACACUGAUGGGGUCGCGUUCCUGGACUUGGACCCGGGUCAGCCUGAAUUUGCUCCGAUGGGGCAAGUCUAUCUGGCCCAUCUCCGUUCGCCUGUCUUUGGUCCUCCCUUUUCCCAUCCGUCUUUGGAUGGUUCUCGUAACGGGACGAUAGUCCGGAGCCAUCAUAUUGGAGCUACAUCGCCCAAAGAGGACCCCGACCAUUACGUCCUCGCCGCCAUGGAUCUCAUGGACCGCUAUCGGGCCCUGCAGGCGAGCUAUCCCCAUGUCCUCUUAUCAUCAACUACCCCGGCUGGAUCUUCGGCUUGGGUCUGGAAGUUGCAACCUGGCUGGUCAGAUCGCUCGCCUCUUGGCCAGGCAGCUUACCAGGCCAAGAUUCCUCUGACAAUCCUCCCUUCUCAGCCCACCGAUUUCGUCAGCAGGUCGAGCGCACAGCUUCGCUCAAUGCAAAUGCAGUCGUAUUUCCAUAUGUCGCGUCCAAACGGCAUCAACAACUCACUGUGGCUUGAGCAACCACUGUCUCGUACCAAGCCUUUCCGUGUUCACUACUCGGGACCGCAACAGGGCAUCCAGGGCAUCAUGGUCAUGGGCACUGAGAUUCAUCCUGAUCUACUUCAUGAGGUUCUAGAUGGGUCCAUCGUCGCUGUUGUGGCCGUUGAAUCACCCAACGCUAUUCUGGGCCAGAACAGUGGACCAAUGUUCGCGAACAAUGCCAAUGCUGAAACAGAUGGCGACCACGAUGUCGACAUGCAGGACUCAGCUGAUGCUGUUCCUGUCAUUGGCACAUCGACUAUUGAAUCUAGCAUCACGCGGACACCAAACGAGGACCUACCUUACCUCUUUGUUGGUGCGGGGAGCAGCAAUCCCCUGGACCCGAAAGUCUCGCACUGCUUGGGCUUGGCUCUUGUCCGCUCCGUGAAUGUCGCCUCCCGCCAGCUGGAACUGGUCACUCCCAUUACCGGAUCGACUCUCCGCGGCGUUCUCGAGCAGGGCCACAGCAUCGUUCUUGUGCGGGGUCUCUUGGAUAAUCCCAACUGGGCCAUCAGCGAGGACUAUUACGCAGCCCGUGCCGCUGAGAAGCGCCAUCGGGAGCUGAUUGAGAAGCUCAAGAAGGAUAAGGGUGCUGCCGCUGCGGAGGACGCUACCCUCGAGUCGGAGAAGCAGGUGUUGAAGGAUAGAAUCCGGCGCGCGAGCAAGGUUCCUUGGAUGACGGUGGUAGAAGACAACAGCCGCAGGCAACGAGAAGCAGCACAGCGCGAGAAAUCCUUAUGGAAGCUGCGGAAGAAGGCAUACCCUGGAAGCGAUAGUGAAGGCGAUUGGUAA